UCUUUGAUUGCAAAGGAUUCACUUUCAACGUCGCUCUAAGAAUUACACCAAUGCUGGUUUACAAAACGUUUGUUCUUCUAUACGAUGGAGUUGUCUCAUCACGUGUCAAAGCUAUACACCUGAUAAAUGUGGAGCCACCAAUAGCUAAAGUUGUGCAAAUGCUAAAAGCAACUAUAAAACCAAAAAUAUUUCAAAGGAUUUAUAUUCAUUCUGAAGACGACGUUUUGAAGAAAGUUAUUCCUUUGAAUUUGCUACCUACUGAUUUCGGGGGGGACGGACUAUCUUUGCAAGAACUAGAAGAUGCACUGGAAGCAAAGUUCGUUGAAAACCAAGAACUAUUUGAUCGCUUAGACGAAAUUAAAGUAGAUGAAGCACUGAGACCCGAGAAACUGAAAGAUGAUUAUACUCUAGGGUUCCACGGUAGCUUUAAAAAAAUUGAUAUCGAUUGAGGCCUUCAGUGGUGGAUAAUGAGCAAGGUGGUGGAAUAGACGUCAUUCAAAAGCAAAGUUACGAUGAUGUG